CCGGGGCAAGUUGACGACCGGGGCAAGACGACGAAUGGUUAGUUUCUCAAAUUAGUUGCUAGGUAGUAGCACCGGUCGAAUGUCAGUAGCGCUCCACACGGAUGGCCUCUGAAAUAACUGGCAGUGAAGACAAGUUCGCCAUUGUGUGUGUUGUUACAGCGGCUUGUUGUUUUUGGAGUGCGUUUUUGUAACUUUCGGCCUUUGCAUCGUAAGGUUUAUUGAAUACGCAGGUAAGAUAUGUUAAUUUUCAAUAUUACCUAUAUUUACCUUAUGUAUUAGGCUACUCAUAAAUACCAUGUUUGUUUAUAUUUAUCUUAAACUUAAUGCCAAUAAAAUUUACCUACUCUAUUACGGCCGCUCGGGGCAAGAUGACGUGGGGCAAGAUAGCGUGUUCGUCAUCUUGCCCCGGUUAAUUUUACUGGUGCAAAGCUGAAACUUUUAAGAAGUAUGGUUAUGCAUACAAUUUUGAUUUAAGUAAACUAAUAACUGACGACACUGUGAGACUUAACCACUUAUUUAAAAAAAAUUUAAUCUACACUUUUGUUUAACAAUUUUACUUUAGAAUUGAAUUUUUAUUAAUUUAAUAUGCGGGUACAGAUUUUUAGUUUUACUUUGGUUCCAGAGAUGGUGAGAAACUACAAAAAGACUUCCUCUAGAGGAGAGUGGGAAAAAACCAACAUGGAUACUGCUUUCACAGAGGUCAAGGAGGGAAGAAUGACUUGCUUGGGAGCAGCGAGAACUUACAAUGUUCCAGAGGCAACACUUCGACGCCGACUGAAAAAGAACGUUUCGGAUAUGCCUGUCCAUGGAGGAAGAUAUAGAGAAGUAUUCAAUGAAGAGCAGCUCCAAGAUUUACACAACUAUUUGACGGUAAUGGACCAAAUGUUUUUUGGAAUGACCAAGUUGCAGUGCAGAAAACUCGUUUUUGAAUACGCAGAACACUUAGGGAUUUCUCAUCCGUUUAAUAAAGAAACUAAAAUGGCUGGUGAGGAUUGGCUGGCUACCUUUAUGAAAAAACACAACUUUAGUAUGCGUAAGCCAGAAGCAACAUCUGUUGCAAGAGCAAUGGGUUUCAACAAACCUAGUGUUGAUAAAUUUUUCUCCAUUUUGAAGGAAGUGCGAGAAAAACACAAUUUUCCCGCUGCUAAUAUCUACAAUGCAGAUGAAUCAGGACUAUCUACUGUGCCCAAUAAAUUACCUAAGGUAAUUUCACCAAAAGGAAGUAGAAGAGUUUCUAAAGUUGUGUCUGGGGAGAGAGGCAGGAACGUCACUAUUAUUUGUUGCAUCAAUGCUACGGGAACUUACCUACCCCCUUUUUUGGUAUUUGCCAGAAAGCGAAUGCGACCUGAACUCAUGGAAAGAGCUCCACCAGGUAGUGUGGGCCACUGCAGCGAUAAUGGCUGGAGCAACGGAGAGUUGUUCGUAAAGUUUUUGAACCACUUUAUCCUCAAUGCAAAACCCACAGUUGAUUCUCCUAUCCUGCUACUUGUCGAUAAUCACAGAACCCACAUAACCCUAGAGGCAAUCAACUUAUGCAGAGAUAACCAUAUUGUUAUGGUUGGAUUUCCUCCUCAUACAACACACCGUCUUCAGCCCUUGGACGUUUCAUUCUUUGGUUCGCUGAAAACCUUUUACAGUCAAGCUUGUGACAACUUCAUGGUCAAUAAUCCAGGACAGACCAUCAGUGACUUUAAAAUUGGUGAGCUUUUGACCAUUGCUUAUUUCAAGGCUGCAACUGUUGGCAAUGCCGUUAGUGGGUUCAGGUCCACAGGAAUAGAACCUUAUAAUCCACUUGUAUUCGACGAACAUGACUUUGCUGCAUCACAAACAACUGAUCAGAACCUGGAUGUAGGCCUAGACCCUAGCUAUAAUGAAGAUGAAAAUCCUACUAUCCAAUCAACAACAUCAAAUACAACAGAAACUCCAGGUGAACCUGAAGAAGAAACCAUUGAGCUGAGUGAACGCCAAGAAACAGUAGGCCUAGUAGACUGUGCCCCAAUCCCGGUAAAGAAGAAUACAAGUGUCUUCGACUUUAAGCCUUUACCUAAAGGUAAACCAAAGGAUAAGAAAAGAAAAGUUCAGAAGUUAAGUUCUAGUAUUAUAACAAGCACGCCACUUCUACUUCAAAAGGCAGUGAAGUUAGAUGUCCUGGGUGUGAAGAAAAAUACUCCGAUCCUCCAGUUGAAGAGUGGAUCCAGUGUUCCAAGUGCAGUGAAUGGUGGCACGAGAAUUGUACAAGCUACGAAGGUGGGGAAUUUGUUUGUGACUACUGCUAAUAUUUACCUAUGGGGCUAUCAGUACGUGACGAUAUACCAGCCCCUAUCAACAGGAUGUGAUUGUGAGACAACAAAAGAAUGGUGUAAAGAUGGUGAAGAGUAUAGACACACUGAACAUUGGAGACAUAGUGUAAACAUCGUUAACUGUUCUUGUGGAAGAACUGGAGCAGGGCGGUACAAACCCAACUCACAAAAACCUCCAGUGUACAUUUCCAGGAUAUAG